GUCCGAGAAUCGCGGAGCCCAGGCCUAGGGAAGAGGUCCUGCCUGAGUCCAGCCGCUCUGUCUUCAGGGUUGCGGGGAGCCCUCCGCAGGGUGGCAAGGCCACUAUCAGUGAUUGAAUUGUUCCUAUCAUUUAUUAGCCAUUUUACAAAGGUAACGAGGAAAGAAAAAAUCCCAAACGUUAUGUCUGGUGAAAUUUUUAGCACAACUUUGGCAUAUACAAAAAGUCCAAAAGUCGCCAAAAGAACUACUUUCCAGGAUGAACUAAUAAAAGCAAUUACAGCUCGCUCAGCCAGACAAAGGAGUUCUGAAUACUCAGAUGACUUUGACAGUGAUGAGAUUGUUUCCUUGGGUGAUUUUUCUGACACCUCCAUGGAUGAAAAUUCAGUUAAGAAAACAAUAAAUGAUUUCCACAUAUCAGAUGAUGAACAAAAGAAUUCUCCAAAACUGUCUUUUUUGAAAACCAAGAAGUCCAGCAGUGACAUGAUGAAAGAUGAGCCCUCACUCUCCAUCAAAAAUGUUGAAGAAACAGCACCUAAUGGUGGUGACCACGGGGUUGUAAAUCCCGUAUCUGAAUCUCAAAAUGAAGACCAGCAAAUCAAAGAAGAGAAAAUCCAAGUGAAACCUAAACCCAGAAUUCUUUCCAUCAAAAACACAUCUUCAGCAGACACCAGCAGCAGCCAGGAAGCAGAAAAACCCUUCACACCUUUACCUCGGCCAAGGACCAUGUUGAAAAAACACAAGGAGGAAAAAGAUGGGCAAGGAGAAGAGAAAGAAACUGCCCCUCAUGAAGAAUCAGAGGCUCAUGCUGCAGCUUUGUCCCUUCCAGAGCCAAACGACAGACAACUAGAAGAUGAGAAAAAAGCAAUCUCUGAAAACCUUGAUCCUGAGCAGGAUCCAUGGUUAACAAGUUUAUCAUCGUCGUCCCUCAAAGAAAGUCUUGGAGAUUCCUUUUCACCAGGAUCUGAGGAAAAAACAUCUAUAAAAGAUCAGAAUGAAGAAUACACUGAAAACCACCAAUCCCUGACAUCAGCUGAAAAUGAAGAGAAUUCAUUGUUGAUAGACUUUGUUACUACUGCACUUGAGAAAUCCACGGAAGGGCAAGUGACUGCUGAUGACCUUGAAGAAAAAAAGGAGAAAGCUCAACUGAUUAUGAAUGAUGACUUAACAAUUGACCUACAACUAUCUCAACGUAACUUAAAAUCUACCAAUGCAACUGAGUCUGUGCAGAAAACAAUUGAAGAUAGAAAUACGAAGAAUAAAAAGUCAACAAGUAAUAGAGCAUCCAGUGCCUUGGGCAGAUUAAUGACCUCUGAGUAUUUAAAGAAUUCCAUAAAGAGGACUCCAUCAAAAACUAUCUCUUCUCAGUAUUUAGGCACUCUGAAAAUCUUGGACCAGAAGCCCUCACAGAAACAGAACAUAGAACCUGACAGAGCAGAUGACAUACGGGCAGCUGUUUAUCAGGAGUGGUUAGAAAAGAAAAAUGCAUAUAUACAUGAAAAGCACAGAAUUAAAAGGAUUGAAAGUGAAAACUUAAGGAUCCAAAAUGAACAGAAAAGAGCUGCGAAGAGAGAAGAGGCCUUAGCAUCAUUUGAGGCCUGGAAGGCUAUGAAAGAAAAGGAAGCUAAGAAAAUAGCUGCCAAAAAAAGGCUUGAGGAAAUAAACAAGAAGAAAACUGAAGAAGAAAAUGCCGCAAGAAAAGAAGAAGCACAACAAGCUUUUGAGAGAUGGAAGGAAAAAAAGAUGGAAUAUCUUAAGGAGAAAAAUAAAAAGGAGAAAGAACACGAAAGAGCAAAGAAGCAGAAGGAGGCGGAAAGUGUCGCUGAGAAAAGGAAAGACAACCUGACUGCUGUGGAAAAAUGGAGUGAAAAAAAGGAAGCUUUUUUCAAAGAAAAGAGAAAAGAGAAAAUAAGUGAGAAAAGAAAAGAAGAACUGAAAAGAACUGAGAAAAAAGAUAAAGAUAGACAAGCUAUUGAUGAAUAUGAAAAAUGGCUGGAAAAGAAAGAAAGGCAGGAAAGAAUUGAACGAAGAGGAAAGAAACGUCACUCCUUUCUUGAAAACGAGGCACUUCCUCCGUGGAACCCUCCGAGCAGAACUGUGUUCUCAAAAGUGUUUUGAUAAUUCUGCUUCUUACAUUAAUUAGCUACUGAUUCAACAGUGUUAGCCAUAUGUUUAAAACUAUUUAUUCAGUUAUUUAUAGUUAGAAGAGCCUAUUUUAAUUAAAUGCCAGUCAUUUCUGCUGAUCAUGAAAAAGCUGCUUUGAAGCUUAAUCAGUGAAAGCACUGAAAGCAGGUUCUGAACUGCAGACCAGCUGCCGGAAAUGAAGGCUAAUCGUCGGAUUGCUCUUCCCUGGGAAACAGAUUACCCUUUACCAAGCCCUGGUGAUUCUUACAGUCAGGUGAUCAGUGGUCACUUUCACUGUGCUCUCUGUGUUAUUUCAGUAUGUUUAUUCCCAAUACUAGUAAAGAAACCAUCUAAGUACAGUAAUUAUAGGAAAAAUUGAAUGUAUAUAUGAUUGUGCAUCUAGAUUCAGGCUUUUAAAUGAACAGUUGCUGGGGACUGGCAUGUGUUAUUCUAAAAUUGAUCUUUAGCUAAAAGCAGUUGGGUUUGCACUGUGCAAGCUAGCAUUUUGGUCAAUCGAGGCAGUAGUUCAGUAGGAUGCUAAUGGAGAUAUUUUGUUUAAUAAUGCUGCCUUAUGUUUUAAUAUGAAUGACCUUGAUCUGUUCUAGGCUUACAUGACAAUCAUAGGCACUUUAUAGUAAGCAGACCUCUGAAAUUUGCCUUUUUAAAUUCAAUCUUUUUUAUUUCAGUGAUACCAAAAAAUAUCCAUUCCAUGGUAGUGAUAUACUUACGCAUUAGGGAAAUUCCACAAGAGUUCAAGGUCAUUAUCACUAUUAUUAUUUUCUAGACUAAAGCCAUAAAUGUGAAAAAUGCAAUUUUUGCCCUCUUACCUAAUCCAGAGUCUUAUAGUUUGUAUUUGGAAGACAGCUGUAUGGGAAGGAAUUUGUGGAAAACAUCUCUACAGUUUUAUUUAUUUCAAUCUCUGUAUACCCUUGUGGUAAUUGGACUCAUACUUGAACUGGUCAGCUAGUUUAUCACAGACCAAGUGAAUGCUCUUACAGUUAAAAUGCUACCUUGGCCAAUGUGCAAUGCAAUGAUGGAUGAGAAUAAGCAGUUACUAUUUAUUAAGCACCUGUUGUAUCCUCUCUGCUGGGUUUUUACUAAUGUUAUUUUUCAUCUUUACAACUGCUAUUCAGGGUAGGUAUUAUUAGUCUCAUUUUGCAGAUAAAAAUACUGAGACUCAGAGAAAUCAAAUAACUUGCCACACAUUUAGCAUGUGCCUGAAUUAGGAUUAGAUAGAACUGGUUAAGUCGGCUCCAUCCAGAAUCCACAUGCUCGUUUCAUGCUCUCAUGUGGCCUCAGACAAUUGUCUGUCAGGACCUCGGUACUGUACCAAUCUUACACACACAUUUUACCUCUCAGAUCCUACAACCAUGUAUUAUUAUCCGCAGAUUAUUUUUUCUUAAGAAAUAGCUGUUUGUUAGUAGAGAUGGUGGACCUCAUUACAGCAAUUAAAUGGAAAGGGAAUUAAUAAUAUUUAAGGAGUUAGUCAAAUGCCUUGUAUCUAGUAUUAGAAUGUUAGAAAACCCAGCAGGUCAUGUACUGUAGGUCUUGACAGAGUCAUUGAGGAGGUUCACACUCUCAGAGUUAACCUUGCUGCAGUGCAUGUGCAAGAUGGGAAAGGUGUUGUGGGUCCCUUUGUAGGGUCACACCAGUGCUAUAGGUAAAGGACAUUUUAUAAACACAACUAGAAGCCUUUCUAUGCUGCCUGCACUAGGAGAAUACUUCAUGAAAUUGACAUAAUUGCCAGCAACAUGUAUUAUCAGCACGGGGUGUAGAGCCUCACUCGUCCUCGGGAUCCCCCUAUGGACCCAAACACAGUACAGACCAGAAUAGAUUGUUAAGUGCUUACUGUAUUGAAUUAGCUGUUUGUAGCUAAAAUGAUAUUUGUGAUUCCAGGGAGGUAAAAGGAAAAAAUAGGAAAAAAAGCUGUAAGAUCAUAAAUGUGUAUUACAGAUUUCACAUUAUUUACUUAAACUUUCUGAUCAUUCUUUAUUAUUAUAAUUAGUGGGUUACAAUUAUCACCUGUCAGUUCUCAGAAUUGAAUGAAAUUAAUGUAAAACAUAUGGCACACAGUGAGUUAAUAAAUGUUCAUUGUUUUUAUUUACUAUCAUGAGCCCUACCAUUUCCCCACUUUGUGUAGGUAAGAAGGUUAACACAGAUGUGGUUGAUAGUGGUGGACAUUACACAUUUUCAGCAUACAAGAAGAAAUCUCUGCUUUGCUGGUCAGUCUAGACCCUGGCACUCAAAAGAGAAUAUGCAGGUGACCUGUAUUAGAGACCUCCUAAAAAGAAAUCUAAAUACUAAUUUCUUAGCAUUGCUCAUGAGGUGGGAUGAAAAGGAAAAUUAAGAUGUCUGCAAAACCAAACAAUUCAUUUCCUUCAAAAGGGGAUUUUUGUCUUUCUUUGAUUUAAAAAAGUGUGUGUGUGUGUGUGUGUGUGUGUGUGUGUGUGUGUAUAAUUUUCUGUUUACAGCAACCAGUGCUGAUUCAGUUAUCUAGUUGAAUGAAAACUUCUCCUGCAGCAGAAAUAAAGCUGACUUUUGGGAGCUGGGUGAAAGUACAGUACUAUCUUUGCCACUUGAGAUCCCAAGGGGAGAAUCAGGCCUGGUAAUAAUCUCUUUAAUACAUUCAUCUAAGGGAUAUGGUUUCCCUAUAUUUCCUUUAAAAAUAUCAAAUAUCAAUGUACAUCAGUGAUUUUCAACCAGUGUUACACAAAAAUUUUAAAACAUGUUAAUACCUAUUUAAUCAAAGGAAAUGACCUCUUUUCCCAUAGAUUGUCAAAUAAAAAAUGACAACAACCAACACAAUAGCCAUCCAGUGAGAAUGAAUCAAAAUUAUACCAUUUUUUGUUAGAUGGGCAAAAAAAUAUUUUUUUUGGUGCUGCAGAAUUUUAGUAACUGUGUGACAUGAGAUGAAAAAGGUUGAAAAUCACUGAUGUAGAUAUUUGCUCAUUAAGUCUUUAUUAAUUUAUAAUAUAAAGGAAUUUUAAUUCAAAUUAAGGACAUAGGUAGACUUCUACUUUUAUAAAUUGUAUCAUUUGAAGAACGCUGAUUGUUCAAAGAAAAUAGAAAAUGAAUAAUUGAAAACAUUUCUCUAGGAAUUUAAAUAUAAUACUAAAAGUAAUUUUUAUACAGAAUUUAAGUUCCAUAAUAACCAAGAAAAUAGUAAGUUACAUAAAUAAACAAGCAAUAUAGCAUUUUAGGUCAGAAGGUUAAAACUUUCUAAAUGAAAGAAAAUAACCAUUCAGAGAUAACAGUAUUCCACUGGUCUGUAAUGUGUCACAUUUUGAAAAUGUUAGUAAUGCACUUAUUGGUUUAAAUAGUAUUGAAACUGAUGUUUUUUCACUGUUGCCAAAGCAGUACCUGAUGACAGUUAGGUGUCUACAGUUAUAUGAACCUUAGAGUGAUAUAACUAUUCAUCCAAAAGGGAUUUUAAUAACUUAAACCUGGCCAAACUCUGUUUUUUCUAAAUUAAAGAAAUUGACUCCCAAAGACUUUGAUGUGCCCGAGUUCAUAUAAAAACUCUACGAACUCUGGAGUUAGAACUCAGGUACCAAGUUUCCUAGUUGUACUCUGCCCACCAUUUCACAAUUCUGAUAAUCUGCUAAACCUUGACACACUUAUUUGUGCAGCUCUGCUCAUGGGUGGAUUUUUAUCUUCUCAGAUGUUUCCUUCUUUUUCCAUUCCCUUCUCCAUAACUAUCAGUAGAUCAAACCUGUUUAGGCACCUAUCCUACCACUUCAAAUGGGAGGAAAUAUUAAAGUUUCCUAAGUCCCGAGUCAUGGGGCUAAGAUACAACAGAGAAAAGGAAUUUCACAAAAUGGGAAAAAAAUGCAUGUUAGUCAAAAUUCCCAAGAGUAAACUAGUACAGGAAACAUAUUCCUGAUUUAAUCUUGGCUGAUUUCUGUAGUGCUAUUUUAAAACAUAUGUAAACCUAUAAGCUUCCAUUCUACUCAAAGCAAAAAUACCAGUUUUUCUGCCUCCUAAGUACAUUGGCUGACAGAAUAGUGAAUGCUAUGUAAAUGCUUAACUGGAGACCUCUGGAUUCUUUUCCUUUAAAAUUUUAUGUAAUUUGACUAUUUUGAAGCAUAUAUUUUACAAGUGAUUGUAUAAUGUUAACUUCGGUAAGCUAAAAUUUUGGUGUUGAAUUUAGGAUGUUUAAGAAUUAUUUGAGGAGAUGUAUUUAAUGUCUGCUUUCUACUAGCAUAUUUUCAUGUGAUGCUUAAUUAAAGUGUAGCAUUCAAGAUUUAUUUAGAGUGAUAUUAUUUAUUGACUGUGCCAAAAUUUAAUUUCAUAAUGUUAAGAACUGUGGUAUGAAUUUUACUUGUGGGCUAAAGAUGAAAUAAUGAUAUUAUGUUGAUGUACCUUUUAUUAGAAAUGACUGAAAAUUUGGAUAUAAAACUUUUUUACUAAUAAUGGGCAAAGGACCUGCAUAGACACUUCUCCAAAGAGGACAUACAGAUGGCAAUAGAGAUAUAAA